AUGGGCUUCGGCGUCCUCCCGCUGAUGGAGUACAUCGCCCGCCGCGCCUUCCUCGCCGCCGGGCUCCGCCCCCGCACCGUCACGCUCCCCUCCACCGCCGACGACGGCGGCGGUGAUGAGGCCCGGCCCCGGACCAUCCACUACUGGGCGCCGCCGGGGGAGCCGCGCCUGCCGCCGCUCCUCCUCAUCCACGGCUUCGGCCCCAUGGCGACGUGGCAGUGGCGCGGCCAGGUUGGCCCGCUCUCCCGCCGCUUCCACGUCGUCGUCCCGGACCUCCUCUGCUUCGGCGCCUCCUCCUCCUCCUCCCCCUCCUCCCCGCCGCCCUCCGAGUCGGCGCAGGCCGCCGCGCUGCUCGACGCGCUCCCGGGACUCUUGGGGACGGCGGCGGCGCGCGUCGCCGUGGCCGGCACCAGCUACGGCGGGUUCGUCGCCUACGCCAUGGCGCGCGCGGCGGGGCCCGAGAGGAUCGGCCCCGUGGUGAUAUCCAAUUCCGACCUGCUCAAGACGUCGGAGGACGACAGGGCGUUCCUCGAGCGCGCCGGAGGCCGGUGGGCGCGCCCGGCCGACGUGCUCAUGCCGCUGGACGCGCGCGGAGCUCGCCGGCUCAUGGAGCUGACCUUCUACCGGAAGCAGCCCACCGCCAUGCUACCGGACUUCGUGAUCCGAGACACCAUGCAGAAACUUUUUUCGGAUAAGAGGGAAGAGAAGAUCGCACUUAUGAAUGCUACAACUGUGGGCACAGAUGCAUUCCAUGUUACACCCUUGCGUCAGGAUGUACUGCUAAUCUGGGGAGAUCAUGAUCAGAUAUUCCCCUUGGACAAGGCAUUUGCUGUCAAGAGCUGCUUGGGAGAGAAUGUUAGAUUGGAGAUCAUCAAGAAGACGGGCCAUGUGCCUCAAAUGGAGGACCCGGAUCAGUUCAACAAGAUCGUGUUGGACUUCUUGGUUGGAUCGCGAGGUUCCUCUUCAACCUAGCACGAUGAUUCGGUACAUAUGGUCGACUGGUUUGGUUCGGCUUUGCAGAAAACCCAUCAUAGAUACAGCAUGAAAAAAGGGGAAACGCUUGAAGUGUGAUGUACGAUGCUAAUAGCCUGAUAGCAAGUUUGGAUCAUACUGCCAUUGCUCCCACUUGAUUCACGAACGAGAGAACGCCAUACUUGAUUACUUGCCACUCUUUUAGAGAGGGUAUCUUUUUGCCACUCUUACGAUUGGUCAUAAGAUAUUUAUUACUCGAUAUUUAUGACAUGUGGGCCUUACAAAUCUAUAACAUGUGGAUCUAGUGAUAAAUCUGUUAUGAACAUCGGUAAGAGUGAUAAAAAAAAUGUCCUCUUUUAGAGUGACACUACAUUUGCAUGCCAAGUUACCAACAAAUGAAAACUCACAUCUCGAUGGACGCAUG